AUGCUCACCGCAUUGCUGUUCUCGUUCCUAUGGGCAAGUCCGGCGCUCGCUGGAGUGGACAACCCAACUCCCGCCAACUUUCUUAGACGCCCAUAUGCCAAUGCAGUGGUGCUGGGAGACUAUGUCUACAUUGAUGGUGGCGAGCUUGCGCAGCUAGAAGAUGGGGAAUACAACGGAGACCACCCUUCGUAUCCAGUCAACACAACCUUGUCCUUGCCUUUGAAUGAAGCAUGGACCAAUGAUUCAGUUUCAUUGCGGUCCAUUGAAAAGGCUGCACCGCCACAAGACCAGCAAGUAUUGUGGUCGGAUCCUGCCAACUCUGCCUUCUACACAUGGGGUGGAAUGUCUGCCUGGUUUGGCGCGGCCGUGGAGAACGAGAUCUGGAAGUUCACGGCUGAUGGCUCGGGCGGUGGCGAGUGGUCAGAGGUGUCGGUCUCCAAUGUGGUGGCCUGGUCCAACUCGAUACGAACAGUAGGCUCGGCCUACACGACCGUCAACGGCAUCGGCUACUCAGUUGGAGGAACCGCGACCAAGUAUGUGGAUACGAGCAUCACGGGCGACAGUCUCGCCGUGCAAGGUCUCGUCACCUUUGAUAUGGGGGAAAGCCAGUGGAAGAAUGCGAGCUCCGCCGGAUUGGGUGCCAAUGGCACGACCUUCAACGGACGCCUCGAGUAUGUCCCCUUUGGACCAAGUGGUUUCCUGAUCCUCCUCGGUGGUUCGGUAGCCCCCGUCGGCGCGCUUCUCGAAUACGAGCAAUUGGAAUGGAACAAUAUUUGGAUUAUGAACUUGGAAGACAACACUUGGCACAACCAAGCUGUAACGGGAACGAAACCAACUAAGCGGGAAGGUCACUGUACUGUUGGCGUUCAGGGGCCCAACGGAACCUACGAGAUCUUUAUUCACGGAGGCUCCUCGGACCAGACACAGACCACAUCCCCCGAUGUCUACGUCCUCUCGCUACCAGGGUUCGUCAUGUUCAAGUCGCCAAAUCCAGGUACGCCUCGAUCAAACCUGGCCUGUGUGACCGUGGGCCGCAACGACAGCGCCACGACAAACCGCCAGAUGCUCGUAGUCGGCGGCGGCAACAGUUGGCUCGGAUUUCCAAACUCGCUGGUGGACCCAGAUCCCUGGGCUCAGGGCUUAGGAAUCUUUGACUUGACCGACAUGUCCUGGAGCGACUCGUAUGACCCCGAUGCUGCCGCAUAUGACAGUCCCGAUGUUGUCAAGACGUGGUACGAUCAGGGAGGAUUGGACGCGGUGGACUGGGACAGCGACGAGCUCAAGACGUUAUUUGUGGGAGGGACCAACUCGUCCAGCACCAAUGGAAACGGGACAGCCUCGGACGGCACAUCGUCUUCAGGGGCGAGCACAGACUCGGGCAACUCCGACACGGGAGCCAGCUCUGGAUCGAAAACUGGAGUCAUAGUAGGCAGCGUGGUCGGUGGUGUAGCCGGGCUGGCCAUCAUUGCGCUGGCCUGCUGGUUUUUCAUCCGAAGACGCAAACACAUCUACGCACCUGCCAAGGAGCUCGAUGGAAAUGCUGGUGUGCAGCAGACGGGGGCAGUAUAUUCACAGCCGCCGGGAUACUACCAGACUGGGCAGGAGUUUGAGUACAAGGAGAUGCCGGCGAAUCAGGCGCCGCAGGAGCUUGAUAGUCAGCAUACCACUUCCUACGCGCCCGACACGCAGUUUGCAGGCCCCGGAGCGUAUCAGCAGCCCGGCCUGCCGCAUCACUCGGGACAGAUGCACUACACUGAUCCACAUGCUGGUCAGAUUUACGAGGCGGGCUCUGGAUAUAAUCAGCACCAGGAUUACGAGGUGGGAUAUUCUGGGCAUCAUUAA